AUGAGCCCCAGCAAUCAACAUCCUCCCAGCUCGUCCUCUUCGGGUCUCCCUGGUCCUUCUGCCACAGCUCCUCACUCUGACUCGAAUGCGCAACUCGGGAACAAUGGAUACGCACCGAAUGACAAGCAGCUUGCUGGGUUAGUCGAAGCAGCAACUGCGGCAGCAGACCAAGAUGUUUCACAAUGGGCUACAGCGGAAGCAAUCGCCACAGCUGCCGGCGCGGCUGGCCAUCACCAUCAGCUUGAAGCAUACGGAGCCGACAUGCAUCUUGGUGACGACGGCUUUUCCAAUGCGAACUUCGCAAACCCUAUGGGAAACGCGAGGCAGAUGAGAACACCCAGUCACACCGAUCACCAAUCUCCUGGCCUCACACGCACGGCAACAAAGAAGCGCAAGCGUAAUGAUGAUAACCUCGACCCCGCAUUGGCGGGUGCUGGUCUGGCUUCUGCUCAGCACCAAGCGCAGUCUCAGCAAACCCCGCAUGGAUAUACCGCCGAGGGUAUGGACAUCCGUGCCGAGCAACCUCAAUCGCUGUCUGAUGCUCGUGCUGUUGGUGUUCAUUCGGCUGCUGCAUUGUUCCGCCAGCCAUCUAGCAAUAAGAAGUACACCCGGCCUCCAAUCUCGAAGAUGUUCUCCUCGCUGGAGAUAUCACCAGAGAAUUUCUUGCAUCUUCAGGCAGCUGCAAAGAACUACAUGUUGGACGAUGACCACCCGGAAAGACGUGACUGCGUUGGUCAACGAGGCAAGGGAGACAUAGAAAUGGUCAAACUCCGCCUCUGGAAUUGUGUCCGUCAGUUCCUUGAAGCCGAAGGUAACGGUGAGCGCUUUUUUGGAGAAAAUGUCGCCAACGAGGGAGUUGGCCCCAGAGAAUACAUUUGGCCCCGCGACCAGCAGAAGAUCAUCUCGUUGGUCAUCCCAUUGCUUCGAAGAAUGGUCACAAACGAGAGACAACGUCAAUACGCCAUUGAGACUCGCAAAGGCGGCGGUACUGAAGAUCGAAAACGCCGCAAAACAGAGGAAUUCCCGAAUUUAAACAGCUCUCGCUUUUCGCCUGAUCAGUCUCUUAUGCAAGAACAGACACAUCGUGAGGAGAUGUCGCAAUCGAUGCCUUCACAUCCCCUCCAACAACCAAUCGACCCGACCCAAUCUAUCAACUUGAGUCUUACGAAUCUCCUUCUGGACGGAUACACAGUGGACUGGGAAGAGAUCGCCCGUCACUACGAAGCAUACAACCAAAGCUUCGAACUCGAUAAUCUAUGGUCUCUUUCCGGUCUCCAGCAGCCCGAUUGGCGAGGUCUAGUUGCUGCGGUUGAUAGCCAUUACCAUGUGGUUCACAACGAUGGCUACGAGUGUCCUCCUGCCUGUGAGGAUGAAAAUAUCAACCGCAUCAUUCACGACGAUGCGACAUCAUCUCUCAUGUGGCGGAUUGGCGGAGGCCGUCAAUCCCCAGCGCGCGAUGAAUUCGCUAGCAGCAUUACCCGUGAUGUCUCCCGCGUUAUCCGCGAGAACAUCGCGGCCCGCCAUGGCCAACCCCAGCCAGAGAAUCACUUCCAUCAUAUGCCAUUCACACCGCCCGAAAACCCUCAAUCUCAAUCCCAACACCAAACUUCCCUCCGCGUCAACAUCAUUCAAGGCGGAAAACGCAUUCUCCCCAGAUUCGACCUACCGGCCGGUCAAUACCCUAAUAUAGAAACUCUCAAGCAGGCUAUUCUUCGUCGGUAUCCAGGCCAGAUUCCCGGGUUGUUCAACCAGGAAGGGAACGCCGCCGCACAAGAAGCCCGUGAGUCUGCUGUCACUGCGUCCUGGAAGGUGAAAGUUUGGCUACCGGACGGCUUGAUUCCAGUAGUGAACCAAAAGGAUUGGACUAUUGCGCUGCUUUCGGCUGAUACUGUUGAUUGGAUGGAUGGGGACUUGAAGGUUCUCAUUGAGACUGAUUAG